AUCGCUUGUCAAUCUGUUUCUAAAACCGUUUUGUUCGUUUUGAUUCGCAAACACAAAAAAGGAAAAAAGUACGGCAAAACAUUUUGGUUCAACAUAGUUAUUUAAAAAAAUAUUUAGUGCCUUCUUAAAUAUUUUUCUUAAUGGUCUUCUGAAUGUAGAAUCAGUGGAUUCUUGGAAAAAAUCAAUACAUAAGUGCCUAAUAUUUUCUGUUGCGCGAGGACGCGGACACCCUUUGAAUAAACCUCAAUCCGUUAUUCCCAGGUAAAUGACCCUUCUGUCACAAAGAAGUCACUCAUCUCAGUUCAGUGUUGGAAAAGCACGAAAAAAUGAAAUCCCCACUGCCGGUACCGGAGUUUCUGGAAGAGAACAAUCUGUCGCUGUCUUUCAAACAACCUCAUCGAAAGGAUCGAGCCCCGAGGGCUCCGAAACCACCAAAGAUUUUCCCCAAAUUUGAUGGCAGCUUCAGUCGGGUUCUGAUCGGUUCGUCGGUGGCUCAUGCAGUUUCAUUCCGGAGCAAUCGUUCGGAGCUCAGCCAGUUGUACGAGCCAAGCAAACGCGAAUCAUACUAUGAGCAGUGCUUCGAGCAGAUAGCCAAAGUGGGGGAGGGUUCAUUCGGCGAAGUUUUCAAAGUCAAAAGCAAAAUCGAUGGGUGUUUGUACGCCGUAAAGAAGUCUAAAGAAUUUUUUCGAGGCGAGAACUACCGGCAGGAACGGUUAGAAGAGGUUCGUCGAUAUGAGCAGUUUAGUGAGCAUGAGAACUGCGUAAAACUGUAUCAAGCAUGGGAGCAAGAGGACAGAUUGUUCAUGCAACUUGAACUGUGCAAGAGCAGCCUGGAGGAUUAUGCUAGAGAGCAGCGUUACAUUCCGGAAGACAACAUUUGGAACAUAUUGUUGGAUUUGUUGCUGGGUUUGAAAAGUUUGCAUGAUCGUAAUUUGAUUCAUUUAGACAUUAAGUUAGACAACAUUCUUAUAACGGAUGAUGGUGUUUGCAAAUUGGCUGAUUUUGGUUUAGUUUUCGAUUUGGGCAGUAGAAACUUUAAUCAUGCCACGGAAGGAGAUUCUCGUUACAUAGCUCCGGAGCUGAUGGAAGGCCGGUAUACCAAAGCGGUAGACAUUUUUAGUUUGGGAAUAGCCAUUCUCGAAUUAUCAAGUAAUCUGGAACUUCCGUCCAAUGGUGCUUUAUGGCAGAGGCUACGAAGUGGAUCCCUCCCUCCGGAACUUCUUAGUAGACUAUCACAGGAACUGCACGAUGUGAUUCGAUGGAUGAUGCAACCUUCGCCCGAUUGUCGCCCCUCCGUGGACACUCUGUUGCGGUUGCCCAGAUUAGCGACACUUUAUCAGGAACGAAAGCGAUGGCGAGUGAUUCGAGGUUUGAAAUCUUACAUGCAUAGAAAACUGUGCAAUUUGAAAUACUUCUUGGCAAGUUUGGUGCUUUCGAUUGCUAGUUGCUUACGAUUAAAACAUGAAAAGCCAGUUCUUCCGGAGGGGAACCGGAAUAAGCACUCAAGUUACAGAGAUAGCCAUAAUCGCAGCAAUUGUAAUGGAAUCAACAACAGUGUACGGACUUGUCUCAUGAAGGAAUUCGACGACGAGGUGGAUAAUGAUGAUCUACUGUCGUCUGGCGAACUGGAUUUGACAGGUGGCAGUACCGGAACAGAUGUGCAAAUAACACCCAGACUGAAUAAAGAUAUUCCAAGGCAUACACCACCCAUACGAAUGAUGAAUUCAACCCCACUUAACCACAACAACGUUGGGCUUAGGCUUAGUUUCCUUGAACGAAAUGGAAAUCAUGAUAGGAUUGCCGGUUACGAAUCAGACGACGAUGAACCAUGGUUCCCGUUGGACAAUAGCAACUCAAGUAAUCGAACUGAGGAUUCGCGGAAAAGUUUGCUAUACAAUACGACUAGCCCUAUUAAUGAUUCUUCAUAUUUGACGAAAAAGAAAUUGUGUUUCAAAUCAGACGACUCUGAUUGAUCGUCGGGUAUGAGUCGGACAGGACCAAUCCGCAAGCGUCAUUUAUAUAGCACUUAUUCGCCGGAUUAAAUGUUCUUCCGAAUCGGAUAAAAAAAAUCAAAAAAAAACGAAACAGAUAAAGAUCUCAUAAUAACGUUGGCUUGAGUAUCUGUGCAUCUAACAAUUUAUCAAUUUAUAAAUAAGUACGUACUUUUCAUUGUUGUGAGUAAUAUGAGAUGGAUCUCUGUAUCAAAACUUGUCAUAAGCGGAUGCGGGAUGAUCUUACUCGAUAAACAUGGUGAUCUAAUUAGCUUUCUUACAUGUCUAGCUAGGAUUGUAUAUUAAUAGAAUAGUAACAAUAAUAACUACAGAAGAAAGUUGAUAGGUUUUGUGAUAUACAGGGAAGCUAAUGAAAUGAAUAGUUGAACGGUAGCAAACUCAAUUGUUUUUGAGAAACAUUUUUAGGUAUUUUCAGCUUUUGUUAUGAAUUACUAAAUUGUGCAUAUGAAAUGUCUUUUUAAAAAGAUAACAAAAUAAGAAUACGUUCGACGACAAUUAUGAACAACUAAUGUAGACUAUUUUACAUUAACUAAGUUGCAUUAUUUUCCUGUAAAUGUUGAUACUACGAGAUAUAUGAUAUCGUGCAGUAAUAAAUAUGCUUGGGAAACAUUUCCUACACAAGAUUAUUAUAAUCGCAAUAAAUCAGAUGGAUAAAUCAUGA